AUGGAUAUCAGAUUCUCGGCAGUGGUGUUGAUCCUCCUACUUGCUGCUUCUUUUGGUGUUACUCAUACAGAUUCGUUUUAUGUUUCAAGAAACACAAGUCUCGUUUCUCCUGGCGGUGGUGUCUUCGAGCUCGGGUUCUUCAGUUCUGGUGGCGAUCGUUGGUAUUUCGGGAUAUGGUACAAGAAAAUCCCUAAGAGAACCUACGUUUGGGUAGGGAACAGAGACACACCUGCCUACAACUCUAACGCAACUCUUGAAAUCUCUGGUGCUAACCUCGUUCUCCGCGAUAAUAACCGCAUCAUCUGGGAUACUCAGAGGAAAAAGGAGAGAUCUCCGGAGCUGGUGGCGGAGCUCCUGGCUAACGGAAAUUUGGUGCUGAGAUACUCGCAAAGCAUGGACCCAAGAGAUUAUUUGUGGCAGAGUUUUGAGCAUCCAACCAACACGUUACUUCCGGGUAUGAAACUCAUAUCAUCCAAAGUCCCAAAUUAUGCGUCACGUCGAUACUUGAAAUGCUGGAAAGAAGAGAAUAAUCCAGCAAGAGGAGACUACAUCUUUGGACUCGACG